UUGCUGGUAUAAAAUAGACUGAAUCAUUCAACGUAUUGAUCAUUCUUAAAAAAAAAAACAAAGUAAAAGGUGAAAAUAAAAAUAAAUAAAUAUGCAGUUAAUAACUGGCAUAUUAAAAUCAAUUUUUUUAUAUUUUUUUGUGAUAUUAUUUACUUGUUUUAUCAACAAUGUCAGUUUGUCAAAUGCUGAAUCAGUAACUUUUCCAAAAAUUGGAUAUCGCAGUGUUAUUGAUAAAGUAGAUGAUAAUGAAAAAUUAUGUAUACCUUGCAAUUUUUUGGAUAACUCACUGAAAAGUAUUAAAUUAUUGAUGAAUGAUUUCGAAAAUUUAAAUACUCAAUAUUGCAGUGAGUCAAGUUUAUCCAGUCGAAAAUCCAAUGCAAUGCUUCAAAAACGAGAGUUCAAACCUGAAUUAAGAUCUAGAUAUGGAUAUGGAUAUGGACUUGGACAUGGAUUUGGACAUCGUCAAUAUUCAUCGUCAAACUGUGAUCCACGAUGUUGUGAACCAAUAAUUCAUACUGAUGAUGAUGAUGAUGAUCCGUAUCGAAGAGCUAGAACAUCAACAAGACGACCACCAAGACCACCAGGAGCAAAAUAAUAUUAAUUCGAAAAUUCAAAUUUAAUUUAACAAGAAAUUUGUAUUUCCAAUUAUAAAAUUUUCAUUUUGAAUUGAUAAAAAAUAAAAUUAUUACUAUUUUAAACAAUAAAAUUAAUUUUUAUCAUAAAAAUAUUAUGUUAAUCAUUUAAAUUAUUGAUUUUAUUGCUUUUAUUAAUUCGAAAAAAAAAUAAUAAAAAUGCAUUAACGGACGACCUUUAGUCUUUUACCACUUGGAAAUUGAAAAUUUCCAAAAUUACGGUGGGAUGGCGCGUUUGGUCACAUCAUUUUUGGUCCAAUAUUAUUCACAAUUAUAUAAUAUGUAUAAAAUUAAAUAAUUAAAUUCUUAAAUUAAACAAAAAGUAAUACUAUGGUGAUGUCCACUUCCGUAAAAUAAAUUAGAGAAAAUAAAAAGU